AUGGAUAGAUCAUAUAGAGAUCUCGAGGCAAGGAAGAGCAGGGCUAAAGAUUUCGAGAAGUUAUAUAUGGAUAUGUCAGUGCAGAAGGAAUUACAAGCAAGAAUGGAGAAGGUUAAUGAAGGGAUGAUACUGCUACAUGAACUGGUCCCAGGCUGUGAUAAGGUUUGUCUCUCAAAUAAUGACGUGUGA